AUGUCGAAUGUGAGAUUGAGAGCUAAACUGUCUAUGUUGAUAAAGUACGAAGUCAAUUAUUUACUUAGAGUGACAAUUUCGACGCCUUCAUUAGUUAACCACGAUGAAGAUGCUUUCCACAAACCACAAAAUAAAACGACUCAUAAAACAAAAGCAUUUACUUUUUCUUCUUCAUCUCUUUUCAAAACAAAUUUGAUUCUGAAACUUCAAUGUUAA